AUUUUCUAACCUAAAAAAAUCAUGAUAUCUUGAACAAGAAAUAAAAGAUUGAAAUGUUUAUCAGGAAAACACAAAAUUUCUUAAAAGUUUAUUAUAAAAUAAAUAAAUUUAGUUCAACGCCGCUUAGAAGAGCUGAAGCUGUACUAUCUGAACAAUCUGUUGAAGAAAUUUUAAACACAGACAAUGAAUAUAAUGAGUUAGCAAAUGAGUUUUUGCAUUUAUCUGAGAAACAUAGAUGUAUUGUUAUCCAGCCUUAUGUAAAAUGGGGUCCCCGGAAACUCAGUAUCACUCCACAUGAACAACUGGAAGAAGCAAUAGCUCUUAUUAAGACUUUACCCUCAUGGAAGGUUGUGGAUACAGUUGUUGUACCUUUAGAAUCUUUAGAAAAAAAGACUUUAUUUAAAUCAGGUUCUAUGGAAAAACUAACUAAUAUGAUCACACAAAAUCCUGAAAUUACUGCUGUAUUUAUAAAUACUAGUAACUUAAAAAGUAUAACUAACAGUAUUCUACAGAAAAAUUUUAGAAUACCAAUAUUAGAUCGAUAUAAAAUAGUAAUGCAGAUUUUAAAAAUGCAUGCUAAGAGCAAAUAUGCUAAACUGCAAGUAGCAUUAGCUGAACUGUACUUUGUACAACGUAAAUCCCAAGCUAGUAAUACUACAGAAGCCCUUAAACUUGUGUUUCAAAACAGAGAACAAAAAAUUAAAAAAGCUAUCCUUGACCUAAGAAAUGAACGAAUGCUGUUAAGAAAUAAACGCAGAAAACUUGAAUACCCAGUCAUAGCAGUAGUGGGUUAUACUAAUGCUGGCAAGACUUGUUUGAUUAAAGCUUUGACUGGAGAAGAAACUUUGCAGCCUAGGAAUCAACUUUUUGCCACACUUGAUGUUACUGUUCACUUGGGAAUGUUGCCUUCAGGUUUAGAAGUACUCUUUGUUGAUACUGUAGGUUUCUUGUCAGAUUUACCUACAAAACUAAUUGAAUGUUUUGUUGCCACAUUAGAAGAUGCAAUAUUGGCAGAUGUUAUCUUACAUGUUGAAGACUUGGCUAGUUCUUGUUUUGACUAUAAAAGGGAUCAUGUGUUCAAAACGUUGAGUGAUUUGAGCAAAGAAACUGGCUGUAAAAAUAUAAUGGAUAAAGUGCUAAAUGUUGGAAAUAAGUGUGAUUUAGUACAAGAAAUUAAAGAUAAGGAUUUAUUACACAUUUCAGCAAAAUCAGGAAUAGGGUGUCCCAUGGAUUAAAUGAAGUGAGGCAACAGGAGAGGUCAUUUGCUAUGAAAAUAACUAUAUAGGAUGUUUUACCACUGAUAUAAAUAUAUGUAUUUUAAUUUAUCUUCUUUCAAUUUAUCAGAUUUUAAGGUUUUAAUUACAAAAUCGCUUAUCUCUUUUCACCAUUGUAUUUUUCAGUUUUUUUUUUAUUGAUGUAAUAUAGUUAACUCAUUUUCCCUAAAAAUGUGGCUUAGCUCUUUUUACCAUCAAUAUGGCGAUUUCUUGGUAACAACAAGACAGGCGAGGCAACAGCAAUUACUCUAUAUGAACAAAUUAUGGUCUUCAAGUAUUUAUCGAUAAUUUGGCAAGAAACUAUAACAGGCAUUAUUUGGAAUGUGAUAUUUCUGCUCUCACACUUUUUUUUCCUCUUCAUAUUAUACUUUUAUAUAUUUGACGUACCAUUAAGACUUUUGUAUAAACGUAUAUUUGAAUCUAAAUUUAAAAAACUACAAUA